GGUAAACACACGCCCUCUUGUGUUGGUGCACGGAGCACAUGAUGAACCAAUGAUAGCAAAUAGUUGUAGCACAUUGCGAAACAAAUGCAAUGGAAAAUGUACAUUCCUGUGCAAUGUGCCCCUUCUUCUCUGCAAGCCUUAAGGAACUUGUUAAACAUCUAGUGAAAUGUCACCGAAAUGCCCCGCGAUUUAUCGUGCACUGCAGUGUAGUAGGUUGUGGAGCAUCAUUUAAAAACUACGGCAGUUUUAAGUCCCAUGUCAGCAGGAAGCAUGACAACAUUGAUAUUGAGGUGUGUACUACGCAAAGAGAAAAUGAUGUUGGAACUGAAGAUUUUGAGGAUCCUAUGGAGAAUGCAGAAGAUGAGUUUGAGAGCACACAUGAUCAUGCGGCAUCCUACUAUAUGCUGAAAUUGAAGUCGAUGUGUUACAUGUCUGAGAGUGGACUCAACGAAGUUCAAAUGUCAACUGAAUAUUUGGUCAACCAGAAACUUGAUGAACUAAAAGCCAAAUUAUGUGAGACAAAUAAAUUAACACAAGAAGAGAUUGAUGGUUUGGUUGGUUGCAAACAACCUAUUUUUCAUGGACUGAACUCCACAUACCUCUUGAAAAAAAGUUGGAAAAAAAGAUUUAACCUAAUAGAACCAGAGAAGAUCAAACUUGGUGAGAUCUACAAAAAUAAACAAGGAAUACACAAUUCAGCAAAAAGAUCAUUAUAUCGUGUUGAAAAGGUAGACGUAUAUGGUUGCUAUGUACCCAUUAUUGGAUCACUGCAGGCACUGUUGAAGUGUCCGUCUGUGAGUAAGCAUAUCAUGACACAUACAGUUACUGACUUUGGAUCAGACUUAAUGGAAGAUGUGUUCGAUGGAUUGUACUUUCAAUCAGAUCCAUACUUACAACAGAAUCCACAAGCACUGGCAUUUGCUCUGUACUCGGAUGACUUUGAAUUAGCAAACCCAAUAGGAAGUCAUCGAAAAACUCAUAAAUUGACUGCAUUCUACUAUGUAUUGUUGAACAUUCCUCCACAUCUCAGAACAAAACUUGAGGCAAUCCAGCUUGUUGCUAUGGCAAAAACUGCAGACUUGAAAACAUAUGGAUUUGGCAAGAUCUUGGAAAAUUGUAAAAAGUGUUUUCAACAACUGUAUGACGGAGUAGUAAUGACAACAGUUUCUCCAACGGGUGCCAACCAAAGAACACAAAUCAAAGGAAAGCUAGCCUUUGUAUUAGGUGAUACCCCAGCAGCACAGUUGAUGGGAGGAUUUAAAGAGGGAGUAGGCAAAGCAUACAAGCCAUGUCGAACAUGUGAAGUCACGCAUGAAGAACUAGAGAACAACUCGAUAAUCAUUCCAUCACCACUGAGGGAUGAAAAUGAACAUCUUGAAAGGUGCGAGAAUCUAACAAGUGAAAUGACAAGACAAGCCAGAAAAUACUGGUCAAAGAUGUACGGAGUAACUAGAAGAUCAGAAUUUUUGGAUGUUCCAGAAUUCAAGGCAACAAAGUGCAUUCUGCAAGACCCUAUGCAUGUCCUGCUGGAGGGGAUAAUUCCAAUGGAAACUAAACUACUACUAGUUCACUGUGUUGAAAUGAAGUUCUUCACUAUCGCAAAACUUAAUGCUAUCAUUAGGAGCUUUGAAUACACGCGAGAAGAGAAGAAAGAUCAACCUGUUGAAAUUUCACGGGAUAAUGUGCAGUCUGAUAGCAAGUUACAGCAAACUGCUCAGUCAAUGAAGAACCUUCUUGUGCUCCUUCCUUUCAUGAUUGGAAACUUCAUACCAGAAACAGAUGAGAAGUGGAUCAACUACCUAAGACUGAUACAAAUUACGCUGCUCACAUUUUCAUCGGUAGCUUCAACUCGAACUGUGAACACACUGAAGCUUCUCAUCGCAACCCAUCAUUCUGCAUUUAGACGGCUCUACCCAGAAAGGCCAAUCACACCAAAAAUGCACUAUCUCAGUCACAUACCAAAGCAGAUAUGUGAUUUUGGACCAGCAAGAAAUCAUUCGUGUAUGCGGCUAGAAGGUAAACAUGGCGAGUGCAAAGACAAGAAAUAUAGAAACUUCAAGGCCAUCCACAAAUCGGUGACUGUUCAACACCAGUACAAAAUGUGCUUGCAGCAGUUCAAUGCUGAUGGCUCGGCCUCACAUGCAUACCUUUCAGAGGAUGACAUUGUUAAGGAAGGGCAUACUUGCAGUAUUGCUGACAGGGAAUUCCGCCAUUCUAUGAUUCAGAGAGAGUAUGGAGAUUCAGAGGAUUGUUGCCAACACUGGUGA